AUGAAAAAACACUCCAAUGUUCACUUUUACAAAGGUCUUCCUCCUGAAGGAGCGUUAGUCAAAUGGUUUAAACCUGAACAUCAUGGGAUUCUCAUUCUCGACGAUCUGAUGGAGGAAUCGGGCAAUGAUAAACGCGUGUUGGAUUUAUUUACCAAAGAUUCUCAUCAUCGUGGUAUUACCGCCUUGUAUCUAACCCAAGAUCUCUUUCCUCCCGGCAAAUUUGCCAAAACCAUCAACCGCAACGCGCAUUAUGCUAUUUGCUUCAAAAGUCCUCGGGACAAGACGGGCAUCCGUAACUUGUUGCUGCAAGUGUAUCCAGACAAAUGGCGACGAGUGCUUCAAUUAUUUUUGAGGUUGACGGCUCGCCCCUUUGGUUAUUUUAUGUUGGAUUUACAUCCAGCCUCCGACGAUCGUUUUCGCGUAUGGAGUCAUUUAACCCAACGUGAGGGGAAACCUCAGGUCCAUACGUUUGACGAAGAUAUAAAAGGCGAUUCAUUCACGAGCGAUUCAUUAACCAUGGCCAAAGGACGACAACGACGGAGAGGGUUGGCAAAAAAGCGCAAACCUGGGGUGGGAAGCCAACGUGGAGGGAUAGCUCCCUUCCUAGCAGCAGCUAUUCCUGCCUUAGUGGCUGGAGGGAAAGCGGCAGCCAUGGGUGGACUCGGCGCUGCGGCCAAUUAUGGGACCAUGAAAGCUUUACAUGCCUUAUCCAAACAGAAGUAUAAAAGGAAACACAGACCCCAAAGGAGGACUAAAGCACGAUGACGGGACGUAUGACAAGACAAGGAGCCUUUUUAAAAGAUGUCCUAAAGGAAGCCAACCAAAAUAAACGUCAACAAAAACUUCGCUAUGCCAAUGCAGAUCAAAUUAAUGCCGUGAGUGAAUUAGUCAUGAAUACCUUGCGUGGGGUGAUUCGUCCUGGCAGAAAAACUGUGCCCAAAUUAAAACCCUACAGCAAACAGCUUCGUCUGAUUGCAAGUCCCCGUCAGAGUAUAAAAAGAAGACGUCACCUCAUGAUUCAUCAAUUAGGUGCAGGUGUUUGGAGUGAGUUAAAACGUUGCUAUCAUUGUGCUAAGACCCACUACCGCUAUUAAGAUGAAACAAGUCCUGUUCCAGCGACUGCUAUGUGUGCUAGAAGGGUUGAUGACGUUGGUCACCCUGUUGAAAAACCUUCACCAACGCAUGAAAGAAAAACAUCCCAAGAGGUGGGGGUCCAAAAACGUAUAAGUAUGCCCCUGGGACUUUGAUGUUCAUUCAUUGCUGACCAUGGACGGUAUCAGUAGCACGCCCGUGGAAAACUCUGUUCAAUUUUUACGGCUAAGGGAUAAAUACAAGUCAGACCUCUUAGAUGAUAGUCGUCUGACUAAAGCAGCGGGUUUAGCGGCCCAACAAGAACUGUUGCUAGAAAGUCCUGCCCCCGAUUCCUGGAAAGAACCCCGUUUGAAAUCCGUGAACCGACAGUUACGACAUUGGACCACGAAAAUUCGUCAGCCUGGGGGUGUACGCGCUAUAGGGCGUGACGAUGACGACCCGUAUGAUGACGAUGCCAAUAAUUUAGCGGUGGGUACCGUGCAACAAUUUAUGAGUAACAUUGCUAAAAUCCAAAAGGGUAUAAAAAGGAAAGCCACGACCCCUAACGUACCACAAACAGCCGUGACACCGGCUAUUAAACAGUCGCCCAGGACGCCGGAAAGCAGAAAAAAACCCAAGUUUUCCUUUAAAACUGGAUCGAAAGGAAAGCGUUUGUUACCGAAGACACCUAAAAGGAAAAAGUCUGCUCCGUCUACCCUCAAGACUCCUGAAAAGUCUUUGGAAGAAUUAGCCACAGAAUUACCCUUUUCAGACCAGUUAGGCGAAUCGCCUUGGAAAACACCGGGUGAAUUAGCCAGAGACAGUCUCAGAGCCAUAAGAAGACGUACACGCAAAUCCCAGAGUGAGGAACGAAAAAAAGAAGGUUUAAAACAAACUGUGCUGAAAAAGGCCGCCGAAAAAGCUUUGAAACAGUUAGCCCCAGCCCCUGACUGGAAACCCUUUGGUACUCCGACUAGACGCAAACUCGAUGGCAAAGACUGGUAAGAGAAAACGUUCAAGACCCCGUAGAAGGAGACAGCGAGGGGGAAAAUUUGAUUUUCAAAAAGCCAUUGAGAAAACAGGCAUCGAGUUCCAUUUGCCCGGCUAUAAUUAUGCUGGCCCUGGCACGAAACUGGCCAAACGUUUGAAACGCGGAGAUAAAGGCAUCAACAGGUUAGACGACAUUGCUUUACAUCAUGACAUUGCCUAUAGCAAAGCCAAGAAUUUGCAGGAUAAAUGGAAAGCGGAUGACGUCAUGAUCAAAGCCAUUGAUCGUUUACCCGGGAAAAAGACCAUGACCGAGAAAGUCGUCAAGAAAAUCAUGCAAGCCAAGAGAAAACUCAAAUUGUAA